UUGCAUUUCUUUCUUUCUUUCUUUCUUUCUUUCUUUCUUUCUUUCUUUCUUUCUUUCUUAAAUUAUUCGUGCUUCUUCCUGUCUUUCCUUUAUUGCCUUUCUUUCUUUCUUUCUUUCUUUCUUAAAAUAUUCCUACUUCUUUCUCUGUUUAUUUUAUUGCCCUCUCUUUCGUUCGGUCUUUCUUUCUUUCUUUUCUUAAAUUAUUCCUACUUCUCUCCCUCUCUUUAUUUUAUUGCGUUCUCUUUUGAUCUUUCUUUCUUUCUUUACUUAUUCCUACUUCUCUCUCUAUUUUACUGCCUUCUCUUUCAGUCUUUCGGUUUUUCUUUCUUUCUUUCUUUCUUUCUUUCUUUCUUUUCUUUCUUUCUUUCUUUCUUAUUUGUCUGCCAAUGCCUUACCGAAAAUCAUCUCGAGAUAUUUAUUCUUUUGGUUCUUGUAGAAUUUCAAGCGCCUGUCUUUGACGGAUCGCUUUUCAUUCCGUUGAACUUCCUUCUCGUAUUCCGCAUGUUGAUCGCACUUCUUCCAACUCCCAUCCCGCGCCCGGCCACUUUCGUUCGGCCUUCAUUGAUGAGAGCGGGGGUGGGGACGGGGGCAUAUAUGCAAUAUUUUUCUCCUUACUCUUCCUACCAGCAAUGUUUGUCUCCUUACUCUUCCUACCAGCAAUGUUUGUCUCUUUACUCUUCCUACCAGCAAUAUUUGUCUCCUCACUCUUCCUACCAGCAAUAUUUGUCUCCUUACUCUUCCUACCAGCAAUGUUUGUCCCCUUACUCUUCCUACCAGCAAUAUUUGUCUCCUUACUCUUCCUACCAGCAAUGUUUGUCCCCUUACUCUUCCUACCAGCAAUGUUUGUCUCCUUAUUCUUCCUACCAGCAAUGUUUGUCUCUUUACUCUUCCUACCAACAAUGUUUGUCUCUUUACUUUCCUACCAGCAAUAUUUGUCUCCUUACUCUUCCUACCAGCAAUAUUUGUCUCCUUACUCUUCCUACCAGCAAUGUUUGUGCCCUUAUUCUUCCUACCAGCAAUAUUUGUCUCCUUACUCUUCCUACCAGCAAUGUUUGUCUCUUUACUUUUCCUACCAGCAAUAUUUGUCUCCUCACUCUUCCUACCAGCAAUAUUUGUCACCUUAGUCUUCCUACCAGCAAUGUUUGUCCCCUUACUCUUCCUACCAGCAAUAUUUGUCUCCUUAGUCUUCCUACCAGCAAUAUUUGUCUCCUUACUCUUCCUACCAGCAAUAUUUGUCUCCUUACUCUUGCUACCAGAAAUGUUUGUCUCUUUACUCUUCCUACCAGCAAUAUUUGUCUCCUUACUCUUCCUACCAGCAAUGUUUGUCUCCUUACUCUUCCUACCAGCAAUGUUUGUCUCCUCCUCUUCCUACCAGCAAUAUUUGUCUCCUUACUCUUCCCUACCAGCAAUGUUUGUCCCCUUACUCUUCCUACCAGCAAUGUUUGUCUCCUUACUCUUCCUACCAGCAAUAUUUGUCCCCUUACUCUUCCCUACCAGCAAUGUUUGUCCCCUAACUCUUCCCUACCAGCAAUAUUUGUCUCCUCCUCUUCCUAUCAGCAAUGUUUGUCUCCUUUACUCUUCCUACCAGCAAUGUUUGUCCCCUUACUCUUCCUACCAGCAAUAUUUGUCUCCUUACUCUUCCUACCAGCAAUAUUUGUCUCCUUACUCUUCCAGCAAUGUUUGUCUCCUUACUCUUUUGUCCUACCAGCAAUAUUUGUCUCCUUACUCUUCCUACCAGCAAUGUUUGUCCCCUUACUCUUCCUACCAGCAAUAUUUGUCUCCUUACUCUUCCUACCAGCAAUGUUUGUCUCUUUACUCUUCCUACCAGCAAUGUUUGUCCCCUUACUCUUCCUACCAGCAAUAUUUGUCUCCUUACUCUUCCUACCAGCAAUGUUUGUCUCCUUACUCUUCCUACCAGCAAUAUUUGUCUCCUUACUCUUCCUACCAGCAAUAUUUGUCUCCUUACUCUUCCUACCAGCAAUGUUUGUGCCCUUAUUCUUCCUACCAAUAUUUGCAAUAUUUGUCUCCUUAGUCUUCCUACCAGCAAUAUUUGUCUCCUUACCAGUCUUCCCUACCAGCAAUGUUUGUCUCCUUACUCUUGCUACCAGAAAUGUUUGUCUCUUUACUCUUCCUACCAGCAAUAUUUGUCUCCUUACUCUUCCUACCAGCAAUGUUUGUCUCUUUACUCUUCCUACCAGCAAUAUUUGUCUCCUUACUCUUCCUACCAGCAAUAUUUGUCUCCUUACUCUUCCUACCAGCAAUGUUUGUCCCCUUACUCUUCCUACCAGCAAUAUUUGUCUCCUUACUCUUCCUACCAGCAAUGUUUGUCUCCUUACUCUUCCUACCAGCAAUGUUUGUCUCCUUACUCUUCCUACCAGCAAUAUUUGUCUCCUUAUUCUUCCCUACCAGCAAUAUUUGUCUCCUUACUCUUCCUACCAGCAAUGUUUGUCUCUUUACCAGCUUCCUACCAGCAAUAUUUGUCUCCUUACUCUUCCUACCAGCAAUAUUUGUCUCCUUACUCUUCCUACCAGCAAUGUUUGUGCCCUUACUCUUCCUACCAGCAAUAUUUGUCUCCUUACUCUUCCUACCAGCAAUGUUUGUCUCCUUACUCUUCCUACCAGCAAUAUUUGUCUCCCCCACUCUUCUUACCAGCAAUGUUUGUCUCUUUACUCUUCCUACCAGCAAUGUUUGUCCCUUACUCUCCCUACCAGCAAUAUUUGUCUCCUUACUCUUCCUACCAGCAAUAUUUGUCUCCUUACUCUUCCCUACCAGCAAUGUUUGUCUCCUUUGCAGCUCCUACCAGCAAUAUUUGUCUCCUUACCUUCCUACCAGCAAUGUUUGUCUCUUUACUCUUCCUACCAGCAAUAUUUGUCUCCUCCUCUUCCUACCAGCAAUAUUUGUCACCUUAGUCUUCCUACCAGCAAUGUUUGUCCCCUUACUCUUCCUACCAGCAAUGUUUCAAUAUUUGUCUCCUUACUCUUUCUACCAGCAAUGUUUUGUCUCCUUACUCUUCCUACCAGCAAUGUUUGUCUCCCUUACUCUUCCUACCAGCAAUGUUUGACUCUUUACUCUUCCUACCAGCAAUAUUUGUCUCCUUAUACUUCCUACCAGCAAUGUUUUGUCUCCUUACUCUUCCUACCAGCAAUAUUUGUCCCCUUACUCUUCCUACCAGCAAUAUUUGUCUCCUUACUCUUCCUACCAGCAAUAUUUGUCUCCUUACUCUUCCUACCAGCAAUGUUUGUCUCCUUACUCUUCCUACCAGCAAUAUUUGUCUCCUUACUCUUCCUACCAGCAAUGUUUGUCUCCUCUCUUCCUACCAGCAAUAUUUGUCUCCUCACUCUUCCUACCAGCAAUAUUUGUCUCCUUACUCUUCCUACCAGCAAUGUUUGUGCCCUUACUCUUCCUACCAGCAAUAUUUGUCUCCUUACUCUUCCUACCAGCAAUGUUUGUCCCCUUACUCUUCCUACCAGCAAUAUUUGUCUCCUUACUCUUCCUACCAGCAAUGUUUGUCUCUUUAGUCUUCCUACCAGCAAUUUUUAUACUCUUCCCUACCAGCAAUAUUUGUCUUCUUACUCUUCCUACCAGCAAUAUUUGUCUCCUUACUCUUCCUACCAGCAAUGUUUGUCCCCACUCUUUAGUCUUCCUUACAAUAUUUGUCUCCUCACUCUUCCUACCAGCAAUAUUUGUCACCUUAGUCUUCCUACCAGCAAUGUUUUUCCCCUUACUCUUCCUACCAGCAAUAUUUGUCUCCUUACUCUUCCUACCAGCAAUAUUUGUCUCCUUACUCUUGCUACCAGAAAUGUUUGUGCCCUUACUCUUCCUACCAGCAAUAUUUGUCUCCUUCUUCUUCCAUUUCAAUGUUUGUCUCCUUACUCUUCCCCUCCAAGCAAUAUUUAUCUCCUUAGUCUUCCCUACCAGCAAUUUUUGUCUCCCUUACUCUUCCCUACCAGCAAUGUUUGUCUCUUACUCUUCCUACCAGCAAUGUUUGUCCCCUUACUCUUCCUACCAGCAAUUUUUGUCUCCUUAGUCUUCCUACCAGCAAUGUUUUGUCUCCUUAGUCUUCCUACCAGCAAUGUUUGUCUCCUUGAAUACUCUUCCUACCAGCAAUGUUUGUCCCCUUACCCUUCCUACCAGCAAUAUUUGUCUCCCUUCCAGUCUUCCUUACCAGCAAUGUUUGUCUCCUUACCUUCCUUUGUGCCCUCCACUUCAGCAAUAUUUGUCUCCUUCUCUUCCUACCAGCAAUGUUUGUCUCUUUUUUACUCUUCCUACCAGCAAUAUUUGUCCCUUACUCUUCCCUACCACAAUAUUUGUCUCCUUACUCUUCCUACCAGCAAUGUUUGUCCCCCUUCUCUUCCUACCAGCAAUAUUUGUCUCCUUGACUCUUCCUACCAGCAAUGUUUGUCCUUACUCUUCCUACCAGCAAUAUUUGUCUCCUUCUCUUCCCUUAUCAGCAAUAUUUGUCUCCUUACUCUUCCUACCAGCAAUGUUUUUUUCCUUACUCUUCCUACCAGCAAUGUUUGUCUCUUUACUCUUCCUACCAGCAAUAUUUGUCUCCUCCUCUUCCUCCAGCAAUAUUUGUCUCCUUACUCUUCCUACCAGCAAUAUUUGUCUCCUUACUCUUCCUACCAGCAAUGUUUGUCCCUUACUCUUCCUACCAGCAAUAUUUAUCUCCUUACUCUUCCUACCAGCAAUGUUUGUCUCUUUACUCUUCCUACCAAAAAUAUUUGUCCCCUUACUCUUCCUACCAGCAAUAUUGUCUCCUUAGUCUUCCCACCAGCAAUAUUUGUCUCCUUCCUCUUCCUACCAGGAGGUAUUUGUCUCCUUACUCUUCCUACCAGCAAUAUUUGUUUCCCUUACUCUUCCUACCAGCAAUAUUUGUCUCCUUACUCUUCCUUUGCAGCAAUGUUUGUCUCUUUUACUCUUCCUACCAGCAAUAUUUGUCUCCUCACUCUUCCUACCAGCAAAUUUGUCACCUUAGUCUUCCUACCAGCAAUGUUUGUCCCUUACUCUUCCUACCAGCAAUAUUUUGUCUCCCUUGAAUCUUCCCUACCAGCAAUGUUUGUCUCCUUACUCUUCUCUACCAACAAUGUUUGUUUCCAUCCAUUUAUAAAAAUCCUACCAGCAAUAUUUGUCUCCUUACUCUUCCUACCAGCAAUGUUUGUCUCCUUACUCUUCCUACCAGCAAUAUUUGUCUCCUUCUCUUCCUACCAGCAAUGUUUGUCUCCCAUACUCUUCCCUACCAAUAAUGUUUGUCCCCAUCAAUUUACUCUUCCUACCAGUUUGAAUUCCUCUUCCUCCUUCCUCUUCCUACCAGCAAUAUUUGUCUCUUUCUUCCUACCAGCAAUGUUUGUGCCCUUACUCUUCCUACCAGCAAUGUUUGUCUCCUUUCUUCCUACCAGCAAUAUUUGUCUCCUUACUCUUCCUACCAGCAAUGUUUGUCUCCUUACUCUUCCUCCCAGCAAUAUUUCAAUACUCUUCCUAAAAAUGUUUGUCUUCCUACCAGCCCUUUCUCUCCUUCCUAGCAAUAUUUCUCCUCUUUACUCUUCCUACCAGCAAUGUUUGUCCCUUUACUCUUCCUACCAGCAAUGUUUGUCUCCUUACUCUUCCUACCAGCAAUGUUUGUCUCCUUUGCUCUUCCUACCAGCAAUGUUUGUUUCUCUUCCAUCCAGCAAUAAAAAUCUCCUUACUCUUCCUACCAGCAAUAUUUGUCUCCUUACUCUUCCUACCAGCAAUGUUUGUGCCCUUACUCUUCCUACCAGCAAUAUUUGUCUCCUUACCUUCCUACCAGCAAUGUUUGUCUCUUUACUCUUCCUACCAGCAAUGUUUGUCUCCUUACUCUUCCUACCAGCAAUAUUUGUCCCUUACAAUUUUUGUCUCCUUACUCUUCCUACCAGCAAUAUUUGUCUCCUUACUCUUCCUACCAGCAAUGUUUGUCCCCUUACUCUUCCUACCAGCAAUAUUUGUCUCCUUAGUCUUCCUACCAGCAAUAUUUGUCUCCUUACUCUUCCUACCAGCAAUAUUUGUCUCCUUACUCUUCCUUCCUUAGUCUUCCUACCAGCAAUUUUGUCUCCUUACUCUUCCUACCAGCAAUGUUUGUCUCCUUACUCUUCCUACCAGCAAUGUUUGUCCCUUGAAUACUCUUCCUACCAGCAAUGUUUGUCCCCUUACUCUUCCCUGCCAGCAAUAUUUGUCUCCCCUUACAAUAUUUGUCUCCUUACUCUUCCUACCAGCAAUAUUUGUCUCCUUACUCUUCCUACCAGCAAUGUUUGUCUCCUUACUCUUCCUACCAGCAAUAUUUGUCUCCUUACUCUUCCUACCAGCAAUGUUUGUCUUCCCCUGAAUGUUUGUCUCCCUCUUCCUACCAGCAAUGUUUGUCUCUUACUCUUCCUACCAGCAAUAUUUGUCUCCUUACUCUUCCUACCAGCAAUGUUUGUCUCCUUACUCUUCCUACCAGCAAUGUUUGUCCUCCUUACUCUUCCCUACCAGCAAUAUUUGUCUCCUUACUCUUCCUUUAGCAAUGUUGUCUCAAUACUCUUCCUACCAGCAAUGUUUGUCUCCCUUACUCUUCCUACCAGCAAUAUUUGUCUCCUUACUCUUCCUACCAGCAAUGUUUGUCUCCCCACUCUUCCUACCAGCAAUGUUUCCCUUACUCUUCCUACCAGCAAUGUUUGUCUCCUUUCUCUUCCCUACCAGCAAUAUUUGUCUCCUCCUUUCCUUCCUACCAGCAAUAUUUGUCUCCUUUGUCUUCCCUACCAGCAAUGUUUGUCCCUUACUCUUCCUACCAGCAAUGUUUGUCCCCUUAGUCUUCCUACCAGCAAUAUUUGUCUCUUCCUUCCUACCAGCAAUGUUUGUCUCUUUCUUCCUACCAGCAAUAUUUGUCUCUCCUUCCUACCAGCAAUGUUUGUCCCCUUACUCUUCCUACCAGCAAUAUUUGUCUCCUUAGUCUUCCUACCAGCAAUAUUUGUCUCCUUACUCUUCCUACCAGCAAUAUUUGUCUCCUUACUCUUCCUACCAGCAAUGUUUGUGCCCUUACUCUUCCUACCAGCAAUAUUUGUCUCCUUAGUCUUCCUACCAGCAAUCAAUAUUUGUCUCCUCACCUUAGUCUUCCUACCAGCAAUGUUUUUCCCCUUUACUCUUCCCACCAGCAAUGUUUGUCUCCUUACUCUUCCCCUACCAGCAAUGUUUGUCUCCUUACUCUUCCUACCAGCAAUGUUUGUCUCCUUACUCUUCCUACCAGCAAUGUUUGUCCCCUUACUCUUCCUACCAGCAAUAUUUGUCUCCUUAGUCUUCCUACCAGCAAUGUUUGUCUCCUUAGUCUUCCUACCAGCAAUAUUUGUCUCCUUACUCUUCCUACCAGCAAUGUUUGUCUCCCUUACUCUUCCUACCAGCAAUAUUUGUCUCCUUACUCUUCCCUACCAGCAAUGUUUGUCCCCUUACUCUUCCUACCAGCAAUAUUGUCUCCUUACUCUUCCUACCAGCAAUGUUUGUCUCUUUACUCUUCCUACCAGCAAUGUUUGUCCCUUACUCUUCCUACCAGCAAUAUUUGUCUCCUUAGUCUUCCCUACCAGCAAUAUUUGUCCCCUCUUCCUCUUCCUACCAGCAAUGUUUGUCCCCUUACUCUUCCCUACCAGCAAUGUUUGUCUCCUUACUCUUCCUACCAGCAAUGUUUGUCUCCUUACUCUUCCUACCAGCAAUAUUUGUCUCCUUAGUCUUCCUACCAGCAAUGUUUGUGCCCUUACCUUCCUUAGCAAUGUUUGUCUCCUUAGUCUUCCUACCAGCAAUGUUUGUCUCCUUACUCUUCCUACCAGCAAUGUUUGUCCCCUCCUCUUCCUACCAGCAAUAUUUGUCCCCUUACUCUUCCUACCAGCAAUGUUUGUCUCCUUACUCUUCCUACCAGCAAUGUUUGUCCCCUUACUCUUCCUACCAGCAAUAUUUGUCUCCUUAGUCUUCCUACCAGCAAUAUUUGUCUCCUUACUCUUCCUACCAGCAAUAUUUGUCUCCUUACUCUUCCUACCAGCAAUGUUUGUCCCCUUACUCUUCCUACCAGCAAUAUUUGUCUCCUUACUCUUCCUACCAGCAAUAUUUGUUUUCCUUUGUCCCGUCGUGGGCUGCUGUUUACUAAAUCCUUCGUCAAAGUCCUUCUUUAGUUAUUACAGAGGCAAGCCAUCAGUGCUCUCCAUUUUAAAUGGGUCUGAGUCAGUCCAGAUUAAAUCUAUACAUUUUACUCAGACAUUCUACUCAUAUGGAAAGUCUGUUUUUAAUCUAUCUAUCUAUCUAUCUAUCUAUCUAUCUAUCUAUCUAUGUUACACAGUUUGGAUCUAUCUAUCUAUCUAUCUUAAACUUUCUUUCUCUCUUUCUUUCUUUCUUUCUUUCUUUCUAACUUUGUCUUUAAAUAUUCAGCCCUUUAUCUAUCUAUCUAUCUAUCUAUGUUACACAGUUUGGAUCUAUCUAUCUAUCUAUCUAUCUAUCUAUCUAUCUAUCUAUCUUAAACUUUCUUUCUCGCUUUCUUUCUUUCUUUCUUUCUUUCUUUUCUUUCUAACUUUUUUAUCUAUCUAUCUAUCUAUCUAUCUAUCUAUCUAUCUAUCUAUCUAUCUAUCUAUUUUUAUAAAUGAGUUUAUCUAUCUAUCUAUUCCUUUAAAUUCAUCGGAUCUAUCUAUCUAUCUAUCUAUUAUCUAUCUAUCUAUCUAUCUAUCUAUUUCAGUUUGUUAA